AUGGGGAUGUGUUCAAGGCAAGAGAGAAUACAGAAAGACGUCGACAUCGUAAUUCAAAGGUGUAAGGCAGAGAAAGACUGCCUGUUCUCGGAUUUUCGAUACACAGACGCCACCUUCACUUUCACCUACUCAAAGGGAUCUAAAAGGGUCUCCUACUCAGUGCAUGUCUCUGAUGAUUAUCCAGACAACACUUACGUCUCAAACUCGGAGAAUGACGAUGAAGUUUUAGUCACGAGAGAUCCCAUCCCAGUGAUUUUCCACAGAAUUGCAACAGAGUUGAGGAUCAGUAAUGAUGCCACCAGCUGUCUGUCCAUCAAAUCAAAACUGCAGACUGACAGAAACCUGGGUCACUAUGCCAUAGACGAGGAUUCUGAGGGUGAUAAUGAUUCUGAAGAGUUCUACUACGGCGGUCAGGUGAACUAUGAUGGAGAGCUUCAUAAACACCCUCAGCUAGAAGCAGAUCUGGCAGCAGUGAGGGAGUUAUAUGGCCACCAUGCAGUGUCUCUCAGGGAAUAUGGUGCCAUUGAUGAUGUGGACAUAGACCUCCACAUUGACGUGAGCUUCCUCGAUGAGGAAAUCGCCCUCGCCUGGGAUGUGAUCAGGACCGAACCCGUUAUAGUUCGUCUGCACUGUUCCCUCACCCAGUAUCUCAAUGGACCAGUUCCCACUGUUGAUGUGUUUCAAGUGUCUACAAAGGACAGAUUUGGCCUUGGACAUCAGCUCAAAAAGAUCAUGCAAACCUUCGUAACACAGCAGUGGAAGAGUGAGGGGAGGGACAAGCUCAACUGCCCACACAGCAAAAAACAGAGCGAUAAGAAAGUGAAAUCUCCACUGCACAUCUUCUCCACCUUACGCAGAUCUCCCAGCUAUCCUCCGCCCGGCUGCGUGAAGAGUAAGAAGAAGCUCAAACCAGAGCAGGACGGGGUGUCCAAAUCCCACAGGCUCCUGCGGCGAACCUGCUCCAGCACGGUCAAGCCCGAGGCCGACGGCUGCGCGGCCAAGUCUCACAAGCUGCUGGGUCCCUCCCUGUCCAGCGACCCCCGCGUGGAGCAGCCCCUCCCCCUCAAGCCCCACCGGCUGCUGGCCAGGCCCUGCUCCACCGCGGUCAAGCCGGAGGACUGCCCCGCCCUGCGGCCCCCGCACAGGCUCCUGCCGCGCUCCGGCUCCGGCGACCCGCGCUGCGAACACGCCGGCGGUGGCGACGGGGGCUCGCUGAAGCCGCACCGUCUCCUGAGUCGCUCCUGCUCGGGGAGCGUGCGUACGGAGGAAUUGGAUGGUCUGAAACAUCACCACAGACUGCUCAGCAGGUCCUGCUCCAGUAACACCAAGAUGGGGAAAGCUGACUCGUUUAAGGAGCCUGUUUCAGAGGGCAGGCGUCUGUCUCUUACCUCAGGGCUUAUCGGCAUCCUGGCCCCCUCCCUCUCCUCAUCCUCUGUUCUCUAGCCAAACAACAGUGCCAAGACCAUCCCCGUGAGAGACCGUGGCUUCUUAGUGCAGACGAUGGAGUAUGCUGAGCAGAGGAUUCCAGUACUGAAUGAGUUCUGUGUGGUCUGUGAUGAGGCUCACGUGUUUCAGAACGGACCCAUGCUCAGACCCACAGUGUGUGAGAGAGAGCUGUGUGUUUUUGCCUUCCAAACACUGGGUGUUAUGAACGAGGCUGCAGAUGAGAUUGCAACUGGUGCCCAGGUUGUGGAUUUGCUAGUCUCAAUGUGUCGAUCUGCAUUGGAAUCACCGCGGAAAGUCGUCAUUUUUGAGCCCUAUCCUUCUGUGGUUGAUCCCAAUGACCCCCAAACUCUUGCCUUCAACCCCAGGAAAAAAGACUACGACCGAGUGAUGAGAGCCCUGGACAGCAUUACGUCGAUCCGAGAAAUGACCCAGGCACCGUACUUGGAGAUAAAGAAACAGAUGGAUAAGCAUGAUCCACUGGCCCAUCCACUGCUACAGUGGGUCAUCUCCAGUAACAGGUCUCACAUUGUGAAACUACCCGUCACUAGACAACUGAAGUUCAUGCACACUCCACACCAGUUCCUGCUGCUCAGCAGCCCACCAGCCAAAGAGUCCAACUUCAGAGCAGCCAAAGGCCUGUUUGGCAGUACCUUCGCCUUCCACGGAUCUCACAUAGAGAACUGGCACUCCAUUCUGAGGAACGGUCUGGUGGUCGCGUCCAACACACGCCUCCAGCUCCAUGGCGCCAUCUAUGGGAGUGGAAUAUAUCUCAGUCCGAUGUCAAGCAUUUCCUUUGGCUACUCAGGGAUGAAUAAAAAGCAACAGAAGGUCACAUCAAAGGACGACACUGCUACACACGGCAAAACCAGUGUUCAUUCACAGUCGCAGAAGAGGGGUCAGCAUCCGCAGUUUCUGCAGAGUCGAAAUCUCAAAUGCAUCGCUCUGUGUGAAGUGAUUACUUCGCCAGACCUGCACAAACACGGCGAUAUCUGGGUUGUUCCAAACACGGAUCACGUCUGUACGCGCUUUUUCUUUGUAUAUGAGGACGGCCAGGUCGGGGACACGAGCAUUAACACACAGGAGCCCAGCAUCCACAGGGAGAUCCUGCGUGUCAUAGGCAAUCAGACGGCCACCGGGUGA